CUGGAAAUCGGUUUCCAAAAGUCACGAACGCCAACUGCAAAAAGUGGCCAGGCAUCUUGAAAGUAAGCAGCUAGAGCCAUACUGGUACCACAAAGACCAUUUGGCAUGCGGGUCAUUUGGUGCUGUAUUUGCAGGAAUCAAYGAGAAAGAUGGAAGAGAAGUGGCCAUCAAACGUAUURAGAAGAUACGUAUGCAACGACCAGAAGACAAACGAGAAAUAACAAAUCUCACUGCGCUUGCAGAUUGCGAACAAGUCGUCCGUUAUUUAUUUUUCUUUGAAGAUGAAUACUUCUCUUAUAUYAUAUUGGAACUGAUGGAGGGAAAUCUUGAUGGACUCCUUGACCAUAAGAUAUCGGUAGACAUCGGAGUAAAGCUUUGCCAAGAUGUKUUCAURGGAAUAAAAUUYCUACACGAUCACAGCGUCAUUCAUCGAGAUCUCAAGCCAACCAAUAUUCUCUACAAAUGGCAUCCCAAACUUUGYUUGAARAUUGCUGACUUUGGUCUAAGCCGCCGYAUCGAUUGCAACUYUACUACAGUGYAUGGYACUAAUGCUGGAACMAGGUGCUGGAUUGCUCCAGAAGUGCUAACGUCUACAAAAGCUCAUUCCAAUUCAUCUGAUGUGUUUGCCUGUGGUCUUGUUCUUCAUUAUAUUYUGUCAGUGAAAAAACAUCCAUUCGCCCCYCGAAUAGGSGCACURCAACACGAGAUUGAAGCMAACAUAUUGAAUKGCARCAUKGARGGAUGGGAYGACUCUCUGUGYCCUGAAGCAGCUAAUCUCCUUAAAGCAAUGCUUGAUGGAGAUGAAAARRAACGRCCAKCUGCAGAYAAAGCAUUGGAUCAUCCUUUYUUCUGGUCAAAGAAGAAARAGCUGGAUCUUCUCAYAGCUGUUGGCAAUCAACCAGAAUUUGAAUGCCCACGUGCUAAAAUGACCUCUCCUUURACUGCUGUUGWGACAGAUCUGGAAGCAAGCUUUUAUACCGUAAUCAAACAUGUAAAAUGGAAUGACCCAGGUUAUGUACACAUGCCWGCCAUUUACACCRAAAUGAUGCUGAAAAGGAAAAUGCCAUAUGAUCCUUUUUCCAUGGUAGAGUUAGUGCGCUUCAUACGAAACGCCAUUGCACACGUAUCAGGAAGCUCGCGACCAACACCGACAAAAAAACUUCUACUGGAAGACUUUGUGUUCUUGGAAUAUUUUCCAAAUCUUGUGAUGGAGGUUUACAAGGCUGUAACCACUCAUGGAUGGGAUCAGACGAGAGAAGAGAUCAAGUAUGCAUUACAGUGA